CUUUGCGCAAUUACUGCGAGCACUGCUUUGGUGCUGGCUGAUAAGUGUUGACUUUCCCAUGGCCCUUGCUUCAUUUGCCGAAAUAUCACCCAAUCUGUCAAUGAAGCCGAGAGACCCUCAAACCGAACAGCAUUCCCCUUUCUCCUCUUCCAGUAAUUGGUCGGUUGACUCAGCUCAACCAUCCUCAAUUCGCUUACUGUCGUUCCUUCGCAGAGUUGAUUCGUUAUGGAAGCGAUACGCUCGAUGAUUUCUACACCGAGAACCAGAAUCUUGCUCGUCUUGGGAGCUAUCUUCAUCAUCUUUGUCGUACAUCGAUCCACCAGCUCCACAUGGAAGUCCUUGUCUCCACAUAAGGAUGAUUAUGGAUUGAUAGGGGAUCAAUUUAUCCAACCUCCAAAUUUUGACAUGGUCGUAUCGCAUUAUGAAGAACCGUACGAUGUCAUGGCGGAUACCAUAGAACAGAUCAAAUCUAGACUACCAUCUUCUUCCUCUAUCAGAGUCACCAUCUACCACAAAGGAUCCCGAACUGGUAGUGAGCUUGAAGAAUUGUCAAAUAUCGCCGAUCGAGUCAUCAAGCUUGACAAUAUCGGCAGAGAGGGAGAAACGUAUCUUCGACAUAUCGUAAGACAUUAUGAUAAUGCUGAAAGUGAUAUGGCAGAUCACACAAUUUUCCUUCAACCUCACUUGGCUUGGGAUUGGGUUCUACUUCCACGUGUCUCCAUCAUCAAACCAAACACCGGAUUCCUUUCAUUGGGUCCUUAUAUCAACAUGACCCGUGGGGUAGACGUUCAUGGUAAUUCCUUUCCGAGGAUAAAUGAUAUAUAUUCUGCUUUCAGAGGUGAUUUCUCACCUCCAUAUUCUAUCCUGGCGACGUGGGCAGGUCAAUUUGUCGUUUCACGUGAAAGAAUCUUAUCGAAUCAACUUCAUUUAUAUACAAACCUCUUGGCCAAAUUCCAUGCUCCUCCAGAACAUUGGAUAUGGACAGAAGGAUGGCAUAAUAAUGAACCGUCCAAUCCGACUUUAGGCCACGCAUUGGAACGAUCAUGGCCUCUCAUAUUCGGUUGUGAGGAUGCCAAAAUGGCUGAAACGUGUGGUGAGGGUCAUGGACCCACAUGUACAUGUUUUGACACGGUGUAA